AUGGCAACAGAAGAAGGAAGUAGAGAAAUUACACACGCAAUUAUCAACAAUAUACCUGAAAUAUACCAUUCGGCAGAUUUGAGGAAUUAUUUUUCACAAUUUAUAGAAAGUGGAAAAUUUAAGUGUUUUCAUUACAGACAUCGACCAGAAACACAAAUUGCACAAAACAACACAAUCAAUCCUCCGGUGAAAAAAACGUUUUGUUGUGUUAUAAAGUUAGACGAACUUCAUCUAAAAUCGUUAAUGAAACUGUAUCAUCGAAAACAUUGGCUUGACAAAAAGGGAGAUUCAAUAUCCAGUUAUUGUUGUAUCACAAAAAUACGCGUUUCUUCAAAUGAUUCAGUCAGUGAUUCCUUUAAAACUAGGGAUGAACAGAAAACUGUACCACCUGACAGACAAGAGUUUACUGAGAAAGACCUGUUAACAUUACAGGAGCUACACCCUCCUGAUGUUAUGCCUAAUGGAAAUGUUGGAACACCGACACUGGUGUUUUUGAACUUCAUUAAGCAAUGUAGACUUCCUUCAUCUGUGAUAAGAAAACUUGGUCUUUCUUUUCCCAAAACAAGGUCUCAACGUAAAUAUGGAAACGUUCCAUUUGACUAUGGGGCUGACAUUGAAUAUGUAGACAGUAGUGAGGAAGUUGAACAUUUUGCUACAACUGGUUCAGGUCAUCUCAUUGACACUGCUGCAGUGUCUGAUGAUGAUCAUAAUGAUGAAGGUGGUCAGGGUAGUGUUACAGAUACAAAUACCAAGAACUGCAAGCAGAGAAACAGCUAUGACAGUAAGACAGCUGAUGGUGAAAACAGUGGUGAAAAUUCUGUAGUUAAUACGAAGAAAGCUCGAUUAAAGAGAAAGAGAGAUAAGAAACACACAAGGAAACUAAUGGCUGAAAACAUUGAGGAGAAAUUAAUCAAGUUGCAAUACACUGCACAGACAGGAAAUGACAACGACACGUGUGAGGAGUGGGAGAGACACGAGGCUGUGGACAGCGACCCAGCGAACCAGGAGAGGAACAAAGAACGGCUGUUUGAGGAAGACAUUGAGCUCAAGUGGGAGAAGGGAGGCAGCGGACUCGUGUUCUACACUGAUGCUCAGUACUGGCAUCAGCAGGAAGGAGAUUUUGAUGAACAGACUGCUGAUGAUCUUAAUGUGGACAUGAGUGGUUACUACGAAGACGGCGCCGGUGACAAAGACGCGCGAGAUUACCUGACUCUGCGUCAGGAACAGCGUCGGCGAGAUGGGACAGAGGACACAGACCGGUUUUCAGCAGGUAUCGGCAAGUUUGAGAAGCACACGAAGGGAAUUGGGCGAAAGAUUCUCGAGCAUCAGGGCUGGAGAGAAGGAGAAGGUCUGGGAACCACGGUGACAGGAAUAGCCGAUGCCCUUGGAAACGAGGGUCAGCAUCCUAGGGACAAAAAAGGAUUUGGGUACCGAGGAAAGAAGCUGGCGAGGUAUGUUAGAAAAGCUGCACAAAAACGUGCUGAUGAAGGAGGAAUAAUCACAAGUAUCUAUGACAACCCCGAUGAGACCGAUCCAACAGAAACACUGCUCAGGAGAAAUAAUCCUUACGGCUUGAAAUACAGAAAUAACUCAAAAUACAAAACACAGUCAUAGAGAUGUGUUCUUCUUAUUCUACUUAAAAGCAUGAUGAGUAUUGGUACAUAUCUACAAAUUGUGGUUUCGAGGGGACCAAUAUGUGCCAAAAACAAAGUAUGACGCAUUCCAGGCAAUAUUUUGUUCAGUAUCACAUCGCAAUAUGUUAUGCAAGUUUUUGAGAUCAAGAUACAAUUAUAAAAUUCCAAUAGUAGUUGUUAAUAAAUUUUUCAAAUGAUUAGAGACUGUCACUAAUGAAAAUUAAAAAAAAGAAAAUCUGUCAAAAUGUUCCCUGACUUUAAAACAUCUGCACAUAAUACAUGAGGUAUAAAAGUAUUUUUAUUGCA